GCUCGGAUUAGAGUUUCACAUCAAGAAGAAAAAGGUGAUUUUUGAUUGCCAAAAUCAAGAAACAAAAAAGAAAGAAAAAGAAAAGUCAGAGAUUAGGGCACAAAAACAAAGAUCAAAUCCAAAGGGACUCAUCAAACCAGCCCAAGUGAACAUAUCUUCAUUCCUCCAUCAUCUAGUAUCUUAAUCACCAACUGCUAAAAUGUCAAAGAAGAUGCAGACCUCAUCAUCACUUCUUCAAGACUUGUUCAUUGGAAAUCCAAUCAUCUCAGCAGCAUGUGAUCAGCUUCAGAAAUCAGUUAACAGAUACUAUUUGCUAGACUCUUCCUCUACUCAAUCCCAAUAUUCAACAAAAGCAUCAAAGCAAAGCAGAGUAUAUUCAAUUCUAAACAAACUUAGAAGGAAGGGUGAUGAUAGUCUUUCACGAGGAGUCCAAGAACAUGUGAGAAUGGCACCAAAGAUAUCUGAAAGUCUUAAGGGGAAGUUGAGCUUAGGGGCUAGAAUUCUUCAACUUGGUGGAAUAGACAAAGUGUUUAAGCAAUUCUUCAAUGUCAGAGAAGGCGAGACGCUUCUAAAAGCUUCGCCAUGCUAUCUUUCGACGACAUCAGGGCCUCUAGCAGGUCUGCUGUUCAUCUCAAGUGACAGGGUAGCAUUCUGCAGUGAGAGAUCAAUCAGAGUGUUUACAGGGAAAGGCCAAAUGAUGAGGAUUCAUUACAAAGUUUCCAUUCCACUCAAAAAGAUCAAGUGUGUAAAUCAAAGAGAAAAUGUUGAGAAGCCAAAACACAAGUAUAUAGAGAUAGUUACAAUGGAUAACUUUGAUUUUUGGUUGAUGGGAGUCAUAAAGUAUCAAAAAACUUUGACAUGUCUUGAGCAUGCCAUUUCUCAAGCUUAAGAACAAUUUAUGUAUAGCUGAAGAAGCUGCCUUUGAGUAAAUUAGGAUGAAGAAACAUGUAUAUAUAAUUAUAAGCAUGUAAAUGCUGAAAUGAUGAUUUGUUGAUUUGCAAAUCAAAUAUUUUUGUUUGGAUUAAUUUGAUAAUGUAUGAAGGAAAUUGAAAUGAUUUAUAUAUCUAUUCAUUUGAAUGGAAUUUUUUAU